CCAGUGGACAACUGAUACCUUCCCAGCUGCCACCUGCCGGCAAUGGUCAAAACAGAGCCGCCUAUCCAGCCUGCCGUGCAUCCUACCCCGCCAAACUCUGCUUCUGCUUCAGCAAAGCGCAAGCCCAAGGAUGACCCAGACCAGCCUGGCCAAGCCACAAAGAAGAAGCCACGCACCCGAGUGAGCUAUUCUUGCGGUGAAUGUCACAGACGCAAACAAAAGUGUGAUCGCCAAAUGCCUUGCUCUCACUGCAUUGCUCGUAAAGUGCCCGAUCUAUGCAAGGCGUACACGCCGGGAAAGUCUGAUCAGGACGUACAUGCGCGUCUAUCUCGCUUAGAGCAUAUCAUCGAAGUUGCUCUUCCUCAGUUUGCCAACGGACCGAUUAGCGGUCCAUCGUCCCCUGUAGUCGAUGCAUCUGUCCACUCGCAAGUUGCAGGAUCAAGAUCUCUGACUCCGGACGAUGAAGGAUCCCAAGCGGAAGACGGCGAUAUUGGAGUUGGCACCUUCGAUAAGGGCGGUAAAUGGUUUGGGAACAGUGUCUCUGGGAGUGUAGCACCUGUUAUUAUGCUCGAGCAGCUAACUCAUGUCGGACCGAGUAGUAAUGGUGCGACUCGCGAGCAGAAGUAUGCCGCAAGUGCAAAUAGAUCGAAGACAUCCAUAAAUGCGCAGACGGCAAAUGACAACGAACCGGAGAGUCCACUGUUGCAACCAGGAGAACCAACGGCCGCAGAUCUUCUGCAAGGUCUCAUCCGUGACUGUGGUUUGUCAGAAAACAAGCUACACGAGCUCAUGCAAGAGCUCCCUUCCAAGCAGUUUACCGACCUUCUCAUCGACUACUACUUCAAAAAUAUGAAUUGGACACGAUAUCCAAUAUCAGAACAGGAUUUCAGAGCAUCAUAUGCGGCCCUUUUUGUUGACGGUGUCGGUUCCAACCCGAAUGAUAUUCGUUUCCUCCCUCUCCUUUUCAUAAUCCUUGCUAUUUCUGUCCGAUUGUGCCCGGAAGAUAUCGGCGGUAAUGCUCACGAGCGAAGACUCAAAUCUUCGCGUUUUUAUUGGUCUUCGCGACGUGCUUUACUCGUAGCGGCUGCAAUCCAACCGGAUUCAUUAGAAAUGGUGGUCUUUCGGUUACUGAGUGCUCGCUAUUUAACUUUUGACCGUCGAAUUACUGAGUGCUGGAGCCAACUCGGUGCUGCGGUGUGUACUGCCCAAGCUCUUGGGCUUCACCGAGAUCCAGCCGGAAUGCGCCUGGAACCUGCUCAGGCGGAAUAUCGACGGCGAAUAUGGGCAUAUCUAUAUCACGCGGAUAGAUCUUACUCUAUGGUUCUUGGCCGCCCGUACGCCAUUCAGGAUGAGUAUACGACAACACAACCACCUUUAAACAUUGAAGAUCUUUCCACGUUUGUCCCCCUUCCCUCCGCUCCACCACUUUCACAACCUACAAAGAUGACAUUCGUCAUCCUACGGCAUAAACUGGCGUAUAUCAUAGGUAAAAUGGUCCACUAUUUCCAGCGUUGUCGAAUUCAAAAUCACUACUCGGAGGUUCUGGCUCUUGACGACGAUCUCCAGAAGUUUGUCGACACCCUUCCGCCUCAUUUCUCCAUUAACCCGGACACAUCACUGGACCGCGUAGAGCAAUACUCCUACAUACCUGUGCACCGCUAUUUGCUGAUUACGGAGAUACAUUUUGUGCGCAUGAGUCUGCACAGACCGUAUAUCCUUCGCAGGCUGGACUCGGACCGCUAUGUUCGCUCUAGGCGGGCAUGCUUCUCUGCAGCGAUCAUGGACUUUGACGUUCGUCGAAGUUUCCGGAGGACGCAAUCCAAAAACGUUCUUCGUACGGUGAGCAAUGCUUACCGCGAGUUCCAGACGGCGAUGAUCAGCGGGAUAUACCUCGUGUUGGAGCCGAAUGGCAAGGAGGCGGAUAUAAUGCAUCUUAUCCUUGAUACAUUCCUCAGAGACCACGAAGGACACGGACCGGACGAGCUUGACGAGACGACACGUCGCGAGCUCAAAAUAGUCGAGCUUUUGAAGAACAAAGCGUUACAGGCAAAAUCACAGGGUGGUGCGGCGCGACGUUCCAUUACUGGAGACGUGUCUUCUGGUCCACCUGCCGAUCAGGGCACAGACGCUCAAGCAAAUGCAAACUUAUUGCUCAGCUUGCAGCAAUCUCGCAGUGCUCUCCAGCAUACACGUUCUUCCAGUGAAAGUGCUGCUGCAUCUCCAAGUACUCGACAGUUCCCGUCGUUGACUACCAAGGGUAUGAUACCAACCAGCGGCGCGCCGCCAGUACUCGUAGGCGGUGUUUCGGCGAAUGGGAUGGGACCAUUACCUCAUUCACCUACUCUUCAACGCCUUCAGGCGCAGACCAGUGGUGUUGGCUCACGCCAUUCGCCUGUAGGAACAGGUAGCCCAAGCGAGAAUGAAGAUAUGAGCGCACAGAACAUGCUUGACCAUUGGUGCAAUGCUGUCACGAACCCACCGCCUCUUCCACUUGAUCAGUUUGUUGGAAAUAAUAACUCGUUGUCAAGCGGACAAUGGGGCACUUUGUCCACUGGUGUCAGCGGUGGACCAGCAGAUUGGUUGAACACGCCGUACCUAUUGAAUAGUGAUUCCGGUAUUGGAAGCGGUCUUGAAGGUGCAGACUACAAUUACUGGGAGAGCCUGGUGAAUACGAUUCGCGGGGGUCCUAUUCAGUAGCUUCGAGAGCGUAUGUCAUGCAUACGCUUGUGUGUUUCUUUCCAAAAUUGUUCUCUUGGUCUUUUUAGUAUUUAUUUUGGAUUGUAU